GUCUGGACUGCGGAACCCACUUGAAUUUCAGAACAAGUUGAGUCUUGAGACUUCCUUUGCCUUUAUCCAACUCAGUUCACUCUUCACAGUCAUCCAGCAGCCGCAGGAGCCAACGAAAACGCCACCAGAAGUUCGGACCCAAGGAGGGAGAGAUGCAUCCUCAGCAACGGCAGAAUAAAGAAAAGGAGAAAGAAUGGACCACCAUUACAAGGUCAGAGAAAAGGUGCUCUUUCUUCUCGACCCAGAGCGGUGGCUCGGGAUUCACAGGGACUACAGGACAAGAGGGAAUGUGAGCGGUGGGGACCUGAAGAACGAGGGAGAAACUGAACAGAAGCUGCACAGCCCUCCUCCGGGCUCUGAGAGAGAGCCAACCCCCGAGAGCAGUCUAGAAGGCCCGUCGGGAACUGAAGCCAGGAACUUGCCGCCCAAACCCCCCAAGUCUGUGCUCGUGCGGGUCUUGGAUUACCAAGUGAAGCAGGAGGUUCUGCAGACCGAGUGGAUGAAAGGACAGAUGACUCUGAAAACAGAGGAGCGCUCCAUGACUUCGUUAACGAAGAAGCUAUAGAAGGUUUCGACUACUCCUAGCUGAUGCAGCUCCAUACAAAAAUGAAGGACUUACUUGAGAAAGUGCCAAAGAAUUGAGUGAAAGAGUGAAGACAAGACCCGGCAGUCAUCUAGAAAUCACCAUGGGAGGUAGGAAGACAUACAAAGCUUCUUCACUCCUGCUUCCAGAAUCUGUAAAUCCUCAGCUACUCAAUGUGUGAUGCUCAUUGCUACAGCCAGCACUCCUCUCUAAGGAUGGGAACCAGGAGUAAACUCAGCUGCUACCAUUCAUCAAAUUGUUCUAGGCUAUGCUUUAUUUCACAACCUUAUCAGAAUUUACUCUUCCUGGUAUAUGCUAUGUAUGGAUUUAAUAGCAAUACAAGCCAUAUGUGAAUAUCUCCAUACACCACAGUGAAGACAAGGGACUACAUUUACCCUUGGUCCCUAGCAUUCCAUGUCCCUCCUGUGUGUACUCACUCCACCAACUCUUGCCAUACCUUCACCACAUGAAAUAAUGCACUCUUCACUUCUGUACUCCUGCCCUAGUUACUGUUCUAAAUAAGAGUAGAAACAACACAGGAUAUAGUCAGAAGACAUAGGUUUUAUUCCUGGCUCUGUUAUGUUGAUCAAAUAACAGCUAAUUGCUGCUUCUAUCAAAUGCCUAUCCACUGCUCCCCUUCUUGUU